AUGAAAACCUCGCCAGUGGACAGCACUGAUUUAACUUCAGCUGAAGAGAGAGCAAGCCAGCCAGACGUCCCGUUGUGUGUCUCGCAGUGCCAGACUACAACUGUACAAGAUCCGCCAACAGCGAUGGCUGUGAACGCACGCAGCAUCGUGCUGGCGCUGGCACUGGCCGUGACGGCGAGCUGCUGGCUGGAGGCGAGCGGCAGCCAGUCGGGCGAGUGGGUGUGUCACGUGUUCCACGAGAUGAACUCGUGGGAGUUGGACUUGUGCGUCGUCUCUGGCGCGAGGGAGGGCUUCGAUCUCCUGACCCACCGCACAUUGGUCAAUUGCAGCGACUCGCAGCCGCCGGCUAGGGGGCGUGGGCGGCGAGAG